AUGUACCGGUUCCGUCACAAUGAAUAUGAGUGGAAGCCUGCUAAAGUCACGAUAGAUUUCGAAGAAGGCACAAUGAAAGCGUUGAAAACAUUGAAUGUUACAGUCAAAGGUUGCUACUACCAUUACGUGAACAGCUUGUGGCGCAAAGCAAAAACCCUGGGUUUAACUAAAGACAAACGCAACAGAAGAAUAAUUUCAUUAUGCGCCAACUUGGCAUUGCUUCCAGAAAAUGAAAUUGUUUCAGGAUGGGCGUAUAUUCAAAACGAAAUGAAGAAGAAUUGCGAAUCUAUAAUUAAGUUUAAAGAUUAUUUCGAUAAAUACUGGAUGAAGGGUGAUUAUCAUAGAAUUUGGUCGGUUUAUGGCGAACGCCACCGAACAAAUAAUGCAAUAGAAGGAUGGCACCCAGGGGGGUGA